AUGCAGAACCAAACAAUAUUAUUUGAAUACAUUCUCUAUGGAUUUUCAGACCUGCCCAGCUUCCAGCUUCCUCUCUUCCUGACCUUCCUUCUUAUCUACCUAAUGACCUUGGCUUGGAACCUUCUCAUCAUUCUCUUGACCAUUACAGAUGUUCACCUUCACACACCCAUGUACUUCUUUCUUGGUAACCUGGCUUGUCUAGACAUGUGCUGCUCCUCAGUGAUUGCGCCAAGGAUGCUCCUUGAUUUGUACCUUCAGGAAAGGAGGAUUUCCAAAUCACUAUGUAUAAGCCAAGUCUUUUUCUUCAUAUUUUUUGCAAUCAUUGAGGUCUUCUUGCUGGCUACGAUGUCCUGUGACCGAUAUGUUGCUAUUUGUCAUCCUCUUCAUUACAUGCACAUUAUGCAUUGGAAGUUGUGUGUCCAGUUGGCACUAGGAAUAUGGGCACUUGGAUUGAUCUAUGCCCUGGUGCACACCCUUUGUAUACUGAGAUUAACUUUUUGUGGCUCAGUCACUAUACACAGUUUUUUUUGUGAUCUGCCCCAGUUAUUCCAGCUCUCUUGUAAUGACACUUUUGUUAAUGUAUUGCUUAUAUUUAUUUUAGGAAUUGUACUCGGGUUAGGAUCCUUGGUGGUAGCUUUUGUUCCCUACAUCACUAUAUUCUCUACAGUUCUUAAGAUUCCAGCUAAGAAUACAAAAUGUAAAGCUUUCUCUACCUGUACUUCUCAUCUUUCAGUGGUCUUAAUAUUUUAUGGUACCCUUAUUUUUAACUAUUUUCGUCCCAACACCAGUUUUAAUUUUUCAGAAGACAGACUGAUAUCUGUCUGCUAUACACUGAUGACACCACUGUUCAAUCCUCUUAUCUACAGCCUGAGGAAUCAGGAACUCAGAAGCGCAUUACAAAGAGCUCUACAUAACAUAAAUAUCAUAGCUGACUUCAUACACACUACUAAAUAG